ACAGUCACAAGCUCAAAUUCCGAGAAUUGAGCUCUCCUGAUUCUUAGAACUGGGGUUCUUAGAAGUGGUGAUGCAAGAAGUUUCUAGGAAAGCACUACCAGAUCUUGACAAAAUGGCUUGCGCAGCUGACAGCUGCAUCCAAUUCACACGCCACGCAAGUGAUGUUCUGCUCAACCUAAACCGGUUGCGCAGCAGGGACAUUCUCACAGAUGUCACUAUUCUGGUGAACAGGCAGCAGUUUCGUGCUCACAAGACCGUCCUCAUGGCAUGCAGUGGGCUCUUCUAUACCAUCUUCACGGAUUCACUCAAAUGCAACCUGAACGCUAUCAGCUUGGACCCUAAAGUGGACCCAGAGGGGUUUGCCAUCGUCCUGGAGUUUAUGUACACGUCCCGGCUGACGCUCAAAGAGAGCCUCAUAAUGGCCGUCAUGAACACAGCCAUCUAUCUGCAGAUGGACCACGUCGUCGACACCUGCCACAGGUUCAUCAAGUCCAGUGACUCCUCUCUGAAACUGCCCAGGGAGGACUUCCUGGUCAGCCCUUUGCUGUUACCUCAGGACGUCCACGGCUACAGGCCCCACGACAUGGCAGAGACCCUCCCCAGCCGGGUGACCCCUUUUAGGGACGGGAGACCAUACGGCUCCGGCAUGUUCAACGCCGUCAGCACUCCCAGCAGCUCCUACCACCUGUACAGUCAGUUCCCCGUGCAGGGGUUCCCAUUCCCCCUCUGCAAGCUGACCGACGCCAAAAACACUUUUGCGGACUUCUCAAAGCCGGGCGUGAUCCACCACAAGCACUGCCCGCCGCCGGAGAACCCGAGCGCGGUGCUUGCAGAGUACUCCCGAGUGGCUACCGGCGGGAGCGCAGCCGGCAUGUGCCACGCAGGUGCCUACUCUGCCCGGGAGCUGGUGCGUGACGAGGAGAUGAAGAGGGAGAGCCUGGAGGGGGUGGUGCAGUCUAUCGGCAUGAGCUCCAGGAAGCACGUCUUCCCCAGCCUGGUGGCUGAGCAGCAGUCACAUCAGUCACAGCAGCAUCAGCAGCAGCAGCAUCAGCAGCAGCAGCAGCAACAGCAGCAGCAGCAACAGCAGCAGCAGGGGCAGCAGAAGGAGGCGGGGAAGGACCAGGGGCCUGCGGCGGAGGAAGAGAUGGGACACCAACACUACCCCAUCGGUCUUUCUGCCAGCGGGCGGAAGGCUCUGAUGAGCAGCCCUCAGAGCCCGCUCAAGUCCGACUGCCAGCCCAACUCGCCCACAGAGUCCAGCAGCAGCAAGAACGCGGCCCUGAGCCAGGCCAUGCGGCCGCCGGCCGCCCAGGCCUCCCAGGACCCGAAGGCCCGCAACUGGAAGAAGUACAAGUUCAUCGUGCUGAACCAGAGCACCAAGGAGGAGGAGGCCAGCCCCCAUGACACUGACAUGCGCUCGCCCCAACGCCUGGGUCUGCCGCCCUUCCUGCACCCCGCCGCCUCCGAGCACCCAGACUCACAGUCCGGCACCAAGAUCACAGAGCAUGGGGAGGACUUCCACGUGCCCCAGGCUAGCCGUCUCAACAACAUCAUUAACAGGACUCUGGAGGGAUCUCAGAGGAGCAGUGAUAGCCACUCGUCGCUCUACAUGAGCCACUUAAAGUGCUCGUCCUGCGGCUCCCAGUCCCCGCGUCACUCAGAGGUCUGCCCCAACACUCCUGCCUCACGCUUAGCUGAGGAGAUGGCUGAGAUGCACUCCGAGUACUCGGACUCCAGCUCUGUAGAAAACGGUACAUACUUUUGCAACGAAUGCGACUCCAAGUUCACAGAGGAGGAGGCGCUUAAACGCCACAUGCUUCAGGUCCACAGUGACAAGCCAUACAAAUGUGACCGCUGCCAGGCAGCUUUCCGCUACAAAGGAAACCUCGCCAGCCACAAAACGGUCCACACAGGUAAGCCAGGAGAGAAGCCGUAUCGCUGCAACAUCUGCGGAGCUCAGUUUAACCGACCAGCCAACCUCAAGACUCACACGCGCAUCCACUCAGGAGAAAAGCCAUACAAGUGUGAGACAUGUGGGGCGCGUUUUGUGCAGGUGGCACACCUGCGCGCCCACGUGUUGAUCCACACCGGAGAGAAGCCAUACCCCUGUGAAAUCUGUGGUACACGCUUCCGCCAUCUGCAGACCCUGAAAAGCCACCUACGUAUACACACAGGAGAGAAGCCCUACCAUUGUGAGAAAUGCAACCUGCACUUCCGUCAUAAGAGCCAGCUGCGCUUGCAUCUCCGACAGAAGCAUGGAGCGAUCACCAACACCAAGAUCCAGUAUCGCAUGACCACGGUCGAAAUGCCCACGGACCUGACCAAGACGUGCUGAGCACGCGCAGAGGCGCCAACUUGACCAUGGCAUUCAAAAAAAAAAAACUGACUUUGUACAAUCAUCCAAAAUUGUAGUGCCACACUGUGUUAAUGUGAUGAGAGAGAAAAAAAAAAGUGUACGGGCAGUCAGUGCCAUCCUAAACGGGUUUCCUCCACAUGUGAACAUAGAACCACAAACGGUUUCUUGUAGUCACUUUAUUGUUUAUAUUUGCAUAUAAAUAUAUAGAAAUAUUGGGAGUGUUUAUAAGCUUUGAGUUACAUAAAGCUUUAUUUUGUUGAAAAAGAGGACGGAAUGUAAAACAAUGAAAUCCAGUUUUUCGAGAAUAUAGUAUUUUAUAUCAAAGAGCUACUUUUCUGAAAGUAUUUGGGGAAUUUUGAUCGAAGGGUGGUAUAUUUUGGGAAUUUCUGGCUGUGUAAAGAAUUGUGUAACUCUAUGAAAAAUGAAGUUUUAUAUACAAACGUCAUGAGUACACCAUGUAGAACAACCUCCUUCAUGGGAAAAAAAAAUAGAUAUCCCGGCUGUGUCUAAAAUGUUUGAUAUCCAAAUUGUUUCCUGUUAUAUACUCAUGAAUUGAUAGCUGCUCUUCUAAAAGGACAAGUGCAUGAGGUAGGCAACUACUGGUGCCGUUGGGUCACAUAUAUAUAAUAUGAGUGACAUGAUGUAUAAUUAUAUCCCUCGGAUUUCUCUCUGCUGGCAGGAUCAAUCCGAAAUAUAAAUGUUAAAAUAUGCAUUUAAAAAUGGUACUCCUUGGGUAUGACCAAGAAAAUAUUUUGCUUCAAAUGUAUUUGUAUAGAACUGUGUUUUGUUUUGGUUUUUGUUUAUAUUUCUGUUUGCAAGUGAAGGUUUACAGUUUUGUCCUUGUACUAGAGGCUUAAGUAAAAGAUUUAAAAAACAAAAAAGUGUAAUAUUGUCCAGUUCUAUUGUUUUGUACAGACACUGUGUACUCCAGGUGCCUUUUUCUGUGGUGACUGAAUUCCUUUGCAUUCAGCCCAGCUCUAUUAAGGUUCAACUAAAGGGCAACACCUGUCCUGUUUUUGUUGUUUGUUUGUCCGUUUGUUUAUGUUAAUGGUUUUUUUUCCAGUGUGUAUAUUUUUAAACUGCUUUUCACCAACUUUGAAAACAUGCAAAUUCAUCAUUGCUUGAGCUGUAAAUCUUCAGGACUGGUUUUGGGAUUGGGUGUUUUUUUUAAACCUGCAUUAAGCUUAUUGUACAAUAUAGAUGUAUGAAUGUAAAAUAAAUGUAUUGGAUUUCUAUGUAUCAAA